AUGAGAUCCCAAGUUCGUCAGAAUUAUUCCACCGAGGUGGAGGCCACUGUCAACCAUCUCUGGGCUUUCUUCACCUACCUUUCUCUGGGAUUCUGUUUCGACCACGAAGAUGUGGCUCUGAGCUACUUCUUCCGUAACGGCCACACACUCUUCCAGGACCUGCAGAAGCCUUCCCAAGAUGAGUGGGGUAAAACUCAGCAAGCUGUGGAAGCCUCCAUGGCCAUGGAGAAGAACCUGAACCAGGCCUUUUUGGAUCUGCAUACCCUGGGUUCUGCCUGCUCAGAUCCCGAUCUCUGUGACUUCCGGGAGAGCCACUUCCUGGAUGAGGAGGUGAAACUCAUCAAGAAAAUGGUAACCACCUGA